UUCACGUAAACGGGGGCAGCGCUCCGAGCAGACCCCCCCCCCUUUAUCUGUGUAAAUAUUUGAGAGGGAGUCUCAUUGCUCGAAACAUCUGUAUGUGAAGGGUUGGAGGUACCUUCUCCUCAUCAUGAACUUGUUUUCGGCGCUCCACGGCGUGCUGCUCAUCGCGCUGUGCGGAACUCUCGGAAAGCACCAAGCGAACGCGGGCAUGUGCUGGCUGCAGCAGGGUCAGGAACAGCGCUGUGACAUGGUCCUGAUGCGUGGCGUAAGCAGGGAGGAGUGCUGCGCUGGAGGACGUUUGGACACAGCCUGGUCCAACACCAGCCUUCCGAUCAACGAGGUCAGUCUGCUGGGCUUCCUAGGCAUCGUGUCCUGCAAACCCUGCAAAGAGACAUGCGAAGGGGUGAAGUGCGGCCUGGGGAAGGUGUGUAGGAUGAAGGGUGGUCGUCCUCAGUGCAUCUGCUCCCCAGACUGUUCCAACAUCUCCAGAAAGCAUGCCGUCUGUGGGAGCGACGGGACCACGUAUAAAGACGAGUGUGCGCUCCUGAUGUCUCGCUGCAGAGGCCACCCUGACCUUGAGAUCAUGUACCAAGGAGAAUGCAAAAAGUCAUGUUCAAAUGUGGUAUGCCCGGGCACCCACACGUGCGUGACGGACCAGACCAACAGCGCCCAUUGCGUGAUGUGCCGCACGGCCCAGUGCCCGAUGCCUAUUCUCGGCGGUCAGACAAUCUGCGGCAACGAUAACAUCACCUACCCGAGCGCCUGCCAUUUGCGCCGCGCCACCUGCUUCUUCGGCCGCUCCAUAGGAGUGCGCCAUUACGGCCACUGCAGGAGUAAAGAAGGUAGUGAGGAGAAUUCGCUCUUUUAGGGAUCUUGGCUUUGCAUAAGACCAGCUUGUACAGCACAGUUUAUGUGAGCGAGUUGUAACCUCCCGGCAGAGUCAUCCGUUCUGUUAAAGGAAGCGCUAGAUGCAUGCAGUACGUACUUCAGGAGAAAUGUGCACCUGUCUUGCUCUCUGGUAUGGUAUUUUUAACGAAUGAAAGUAUUGAAGAGAUAAACUGUUGUUCGAUUUGGAUCUAACUAUGUGCAUAUUGUAAAUACAUUACUGCUCUUAUUUAUUGGAGAAAACUGCUUCUCCAAACGUGUUUUUUUUUUUUCUUUUCUUUUUUUUUUUCUUUUUUUUUUUUUUUAUUUAUAGUUUCAUUUGAGCUGCAUAUUCCCAAACCGGCUGCUUUCAGUUUUUGAUAUUUAUUGUGUUCUCAUGUACAGACCAGUUAGAGUAUAACACUAGCUCAUGUAAAAAAAAUAAAAUAAUAAAUAAAAGACAUGCCCCACUCUUAUGCAACCAAACACCAAAAUCAAAAAAUAAUUUUAAAGGAUUGUUUCAAAUCUUUCUAACAAAAGCUCUGCCUGAGCGUAGAAGAGAAGUGGAAGAGAAACGUCCCCAGAUGCACCGCUUUCUUUCAGAAAGUCAUGCACCGGCAUUAUUGCACACUCUGGAGACUAUUUAUUACAGAAAUAAAGCCAAAGAGGAGUG